AUGCCUACUUAUGCCAAGUUCAUGAAGGACAUCAUUUCUAAGAGGCGUGCCAUCGACACCAACCCGAUUAUUUUAACCGAAACUUGUAGUGCUAUUUUGCAGGGUAUGAAGAUUCCAAUAAAGAAGAAAGAUCGAGGAGUUGUCACUAUCCCUUGUACUAUUGGAGAUAGGUCAAUCAAUAAAGCUCUUAUUUAUCUAGGAGCUAGUGUGAGUCUCAUGCCGUUAUCCAAUGACAAGAAGCUUGGUAUAGGGGUUAUGCAAGAUACCAGGAUGACACUCCAAUUCUCCGAUCAUUCGGUCAAGAAACCGUAUGGUAUUGUUGAAGAUGUUAUGGUGAAAAUUGACAAGUUUGUAUUCCCUGUGGAUUUCGUAAUUCUAGAAAUGCUGGAAGAUGAAGAGAUCCCUCUCGUUCUUAGGAUACCCUUUUUAGAGACGGGAAGGUGUUUGAUCAACAUAGAAGAAUGGACUAUGACGUUGAAGGUUUAUGAUGAGGAAUUAGAGAUCAAUGUUUAA